CGUUGCGCGAUGCAUGUUUUUCGGGAAUGAAUCAACUAUUAACCAUUAUCGCUAUGAGCAUAUCAGCAUGUCAUAGGAGCCAGGUGUGCAUUGAACUGAUAAAAAAACUGAACACAUAAAACUCAAAAACCAGAGACGCAAACUUUCAACCAUAUUGCUGCACUGACUUGGAACCGUUGUAUGAUGAACGGCGCUGGGUUUUUUGGUAUACUUGUAGGACUAUUGUCAUUUGAAGUUCUUAAUUGCCAUUCAAUGAAAAGAGAACUUACUUGUCAGAAAGAUGGUGCAUCGUUCAUGGAAGGAACAACUUACACCACAAAAACUUGCCUUGAAACCUGUUUAUGUCAAGAUGAUGGGAAAUUUCUAUGUCACCCUUGUUUGCCUAAGAAACCCUCUGAUCARUGCAAUGGCUGGGCUCAUGAAUUCGUCAAAGUAUCUCUUGCAGACAGUGUUAACAACAAGAAAUGCCAUUGCUUCAAAUAUGAAUGCCGUAAAAAGACCUUCAAAUCCAUAGUCAAGAGUUUGUGGCAAAAAAUCAAGAAUAAAUUUGGCUCGAACGACGGCGAAGACGAAUGAUCAAAACAGGAAUGUUGGAAGAGAAUUAAGUAAAACUGUGUUCAUAGUUAAUAUAUAGGAGUUAUUAUAAAUUGUUUGGCAAAAUUCAUGAUUUAAAUAUGAAUAAUAAAUCUUCCAAAACGUCA